CUGGCUGCACCCGGCGUCUGUCCCCAGGGCCCAUUCGGGCGGGUUAAGUUAGAACGCGGGAAGCGUUCGCGAACGUGACUCGAGAACCUCACCAACCCCGAUUUAUCUAAAAGACCACGAAUCCCUUGAGAACCUGGGCUCCCUACGCCUCCAGCCUCGGCCACGCGUGGUGUAGCCCCCCAUUAAGAACGGGGAGAGAAAGCGCGAGUGGGCGGGAGGGACUGCGGGAAGCGAACGUCUUGAUCCCAAAGCGCCCUCCUGGUUUGUCACCAUUGAGUGGUUUUCUGUAUUGUAAUACAUAGAGCACAUUCCAGAACUUCUCAGUUUCGAGUUACCUAACGGAUCUUCACUUUGUGCCAAUUAGUCGAUUUCUGUGAAAAUGCCCCGGUUUCUGCCAAAGGGCAGCGAGUCGCUGCUCCUGUGCCGGGCGCUGCUGGUUAUGUAGGGCGCUGAUGCUUUUUUAAGGACCCUCUGCACUGAAUAAGGCUUCCUCGCCUGUCAUGAUCGGUUAAGUCCUGUCAAAGAAAAAAGGACUGAGUGCAGAAGAAAAGAGAACUCGCAUGAUGGAAAUAUUUUUUGAAACAAAAGAUGUGUUUCAAUUAAAAGACUUGGAGAAGAUUGCUCCCAAAGAGAAAGGCAUUACUGCUAUGUCAGUAAAAGAAGUCCUUCAGAGCUUAGUUGAUGAUGGUAUGGUUGACUGUGAGAGGAUCGGAACUUCUAAUUAUUAUUGGGCUUUUCCAAGUAAAGCUCUUCAUGCAAGGAAACGUAAAUUGGAGGUUCUGGAAUCUCAGUUGUCUGAGGGAAGCCAAAAGCAUGCAAGCCUGCAGAAAAGCAUUGAAAAAGCUAAAAUUGGCCGAUGUGAAACGGAAGAGCGAACCAGGCUAGCAAAAGAGCUUUCAUCACUUCGAGACCAAAGGGAACAGCUAAAGGCAGAAGUAGAAAAAUACAAAGAUUGUGAUCCACAAGUCGUGGAAGAAAUACGCCAAGCAAAUAAAGUAGCCAAAGAAGCUGCUAACAGAUGGACUGAUAACAUAUUUGCAAUAAAAUCUUGGGCCAAAAGAAAAUUUGGGUUUGAAGAAAAUAAAAUUGAUAAAACUUUUGGAAUUCCAGAAGACUUUGACUACAUAGACUAAAAUAUUCCAUGGUGGUGGAGGAUCUACAAGUUUGUGAAUAUGUAAAUUUUAAACUAUUAUCUAACUAAGUGUACUGAAUUGUCAUUUGGCUGUAACUGUAUUUAUCAUUUUAUUAAUGUUAAAUAAAGUGUAAAAUGCAGA